AUGGCGCUGAAUGUGAAAAAGAAGGGCCCUGGCAGUAAGAAGCAGUCCAUGACCUUGGCUAGUGCAUUCCAGGGCCUGCAGCUGGAGCGCGAGGCAUGCCUGGCCUCCAACUACGCUCUAGCCAAGGAGAACCUGGCACUGCGGCCCCGCCUGGAGAUGGGCCGCGCUGCCCUGGCCAUCAAGUACCAGGAGCUUCAGGAGGUGGCCGAGAGCUGUGCAGACAAGCUGCAGCGACUGGAGGAGAGCAUGCACCGCUGGAGCCCCCACUGCGCGCUGGGCUGGCUGCAGGCUGAGCUGGAAGAAGCUGAGCAGGAGGCGGAGGAGCAGAUGGAGCAGCUGCUGCUGGGGGAGCAGAGCCUGGAGGCUUUCCUGCCCGCCUUCCAACGAGGCCGUGCCCUGGCCCACCUGAGGCGGACCCAGGCGGAGAAGCUGCAGGAGCUGCUGCGGCGCCGGGAGCGGUCUGGCCAGCCAGCCCCCACUGCUGCUGCGGAUCCCCCCAAAUCCUUCCCCGCUGCUGCUGUCCUGCCCACUGGGGCCACCCGGGGGCCACCAGCAGUGCCCCGGAGCCUGCCCCCCUUGGACUCCCGCCCAGUGCCCCCGCUGAAGGGCUCCCCCGGGUGCCCUCUAGGCCCAGCCCCUCUGCUGAGCCCUCGGCCCUCGCAGCCAGAGCCCCCCCACCGGUAG